GGAAACAUCAACAGGAAUAUUCCAGCCCUACAACACUACAUGGAAGCAUUCCCUCAAAUCUACAAUUGCUAUCCAAAACUCUUAUCCUUUGUAACAGGUAGUAAUUUAAGUUCGCAGCGUGUUAAUUUAUAUUACAACCAUGUGUUUUGUUGAACUGAUGCGGAAGUGCUAUUGAGGCAGAUGUGUUGAGAUAAAAAAAACAACCAUGCACUUCUCAGUUGCAAUAUUCCUCAUCGGUUCUGUGCUGCUGACACAGACCGACGCGCGGUAUACCGCAGACUGGAAGAGUCUGGAUGCACGGCCACUGCCCUCCUGGUACGACGAAGCCAAGUUCGGGAUCUUCGUCCACUGGGGAGUGUUCUCCGUGCCUGGCUUCGAAAGUGAGUGGUUCUGGUGGCACUGGCAGGGCCAGCAGCCCCCCGAUAAGAAGUGUGUGCGCUACAUGACUGAGAACUACCCCCCGGGGUUUAGUUAUGCAGACUUCGCACCCCAGUUCCACGCUCAGUUUUUUAACCCGGAGGAUUGGGCCGACAUAUUCCAAGCCUCUGGUGCAAAGUAUGUUGUAUUGACUGCCAAGCACCACGAGGGAUUCACAAACUGGGGAUCUCCAAACUCUUGGAACUGGAAUUCCGUUGACAACGGCCCCCACAGAGACCUUGUGGGCGACCUAGGAAACGCAGUGCGCAACAGGUCAUUGCACUAUGGGCUGUACAACUCCUUAUACGAGUGGUUCAAUCCUCUUUACCUGUCUGACAAGAAGAAUGGGUUCAAAACACAGGAGUUUGUGCUUCACAAAUUGCUCCCAGAGCUUUAUAACAUGGUCGUAAGGUACAAGCCUGAGUUGAUCUGGUCUGACGGAGACUGGGAAGCACCCGACACGUACUGGAACUCAACAGAGUUCCUCGCCUGGCUCUACAACGACAGCCCAGUUAAAGACACGAUCGUGACCAAUGACCGAUGGGGCGCUGGCUGUUCCUGCCACCAUGGAGGCUAUUACAACUGUGCAGACAAGUUCACCCCAGGCGAAGUGCCCAAGCACAAGUGGGAGAAGUGUACGUCUGUGGACCUCCAAUCCUGGGGUUAUCGCAGGAACAUGAAGAUCGUGGAGCUGAUGGACCUCCCCGAUAUUAUCGAGGACCUGGUGCGCACAGUGGCCCUGGGCGGGAACUACCUCCUCAACGUGGGCCCCACCCCCGAAGGCAUGAUCCCCCCGCUGUUCGAGGAGAGACUGCGGGGUGUGGGCGCCUGGCUGGACGUCAACGGGGAGGCCAUCUACGGCUCCAGCCCCUGGAGGGUGCAGAGGCAGAACAAGACCGACACCUUCUGGUUUACAUCUAAAGGGUCAACUGUCUACGCCUUCAUGACAACAAAGCCCAAAAGAGUAAUUCUAACCCUCUACGCACCAAAGACUUCAGACAACACCAAUGUUACUCUGCUAGGAAACCCAUGUCCGUUGACCUGGUUCCCGAUCACGGCCGAUGCUGGUCUCGUCGUCGCGCUGCCUGAGCUGCCCUUCACGCCUGGACAAGCCUGGACUCUCAAGUUGGAUGGGGUCCUGUAAGACUCGCUAGAGACCACCUGUACCUUCAUUUUUAAUCAACUUGUAGAACGUCCAGAUGGUUAAUAAUGACUCAGGGACUUGAAUGUAAAUUGCACUUGGUUGAUGUGGUGGAAAGGAAGGUGUGAUUUUAUUGCAGCUGGAUCAUGAACUGAUUUAGGUGAUAACAAAAAAUAUGUCUUUGAUGUGAAGGGAAAAUGAAUAUUGGCACUCCUAUAAGCCGGCUAGAUUAUUUCAUCAAUCAUUUUGAUUAUUUUUAUAGUCCAUAUUUUUUAUACUGUCUGCUGCAAUGAUUAAAAUGUGCUUUUAUUUCCCUAA